GUAAAUUUUGUCCAUCAAAAUUCAAAACAUGUUUUGAAGGAACUGCGCCAUUGCUCGUAUAUGUCACUGAAUUUUUGUGCGCUCUGUGUGUGUGUGUUAUUGUGUUGAAUGUUGAUAUAGGUUUUGCAUAUUGUUUUCGGAUCGGGACUGCAUGUCAUGCAUAUACGUCUGCUUCCACCACGUAUCUCUAGAUAAAAAUAGGCAUUUUUCGGAAUUUGAGUGCCUUUAGCAGCUGGUGACAGUGGGCACAAUGCCAGUGAAUGCUGGAGCAGCCAUGAAAUUGUGCAACCAGCCGAUCGUCCUGGGCUCGGGUCGCCGGAAGGGCCGGCCGCGGAAGCUGGUGGUUUCCCCGUGCCGGUCCGUGGUGCCGCCGGCCAAGGCCACGGAGAUCAUCCACCGCACGCGCAAACACCGCGCCGCUGCCGGAAACACCAUCACAAACUACUUUUCGCCGGGCGGCGCCCAGGUGGGCCCGGUACUGGUGGCCGCCGAGUGUCCGCCGCUGGCCGGUCUGCCGGCCGAACAGACGGCCCGCCGACGCCGCUCCUGCCUGGCCGACGAGCGCCGCACGCCCGACCCGCCAGCCACCACCACGGCCGCCGGCGCUCCGGAGGAGUCUGUGCGCGAGGCGGCCGGAUCGCCGCGCACGCCCGUCAGUCCGCACAAGAUCCAGUCGCUGGACUGCGAGUCGCUGCCGCUGGCGCCCGCCGCCCGCCGCCACCCCCUCUCGCCGGCCUUCAGUCUCAACAAGCCGAAGCUGUCCUACAAGCCGGCGCCCGUCAAACUGGCCAAAAGUGCCCGCCUGGCCGGAGGACCGGCAGCCGCCGGGGCCGCGCCGUCGCCAACCGCCGCCGACACCAACCGCAAGCUCACCGACUACUUCCCGAUCCGGCGCAGCAACCGGCGCACCAAGCGCGCGCUGGACGAGGAGCGCUCCUGCGAGAUCCGCCGCCGGCUGGCCAAGGGCUGCGACGAGGGACUCGAGGUGGCGCUGUUCCCCACCAAGGGGCGCGGCGUGGUGGCGACGCGUCCGUUCGCGCGCGGCGAGUUCGUGGUGGAGUACGCCGGCACGCUGGUGGACCUGGAGGAGGCACGCCGCCGCGAGCGGGUCUACUCGCAGGAUCAGAACACCGGCUGCUACAUGUACUACUUCACCUGCAAGGACCACAACUGGUGCAUCGACGGUACCCCGGAGACGCCGCGACUGGGCCGGCUGGUCAACCACAGCCGGCACGCCCCCAACUGCGUGACACGCUCGCUGGAGGUGGACGGCCGGCCGCGGCUCGUGCUGAUCGCCAAGCACGACAUCGCCGCCGGCGACGAGAUCCUGUACGACUACGGCGACAGGAGCCGCGAGAGCCUGCUCCACCACCCGUGGCUGGCGUUGUAGUCGGCCGCGCGCCGCGCUGGGGGCGCGCCGGUCCGGUCCGCCGCCGGCCGAGUACUCCCGGAGAGCCGGAGAGCCUCAGACGGGCGCCGUCCCCCUCACCCAUCACUGCCACCCUGCACAGCCGUGCGGGCCGACCGGGGCCCGAAGGGCCGCUAUGUACAGCUGUAUAUAAUCGUGUGUACUCGUAGGAUAAUUCGACGACUUGACGACAUUGCGCGGUGCAACAUAUCGUGCGGGCCUGCGCUCGCCUCCUGUGGAACUCUUGCCGUUCGCUGCAUUUACGGGCCGGAGCGGUGGCGGCGGUGGGCUAUCCGCGGGGCGCGCUGUUAGCAGGGUGUGAGUCCGCCCACCCCGCCACUGUGAGCUCGCUGCCGCCGCGCCGGCCCGCCCCGGCCCGCUCAGGAUCUCCGCUGUUGGCGCCGCGUGCUGCUCCCAGGCGGCCGUCCCAGGAUCUCAGUUACUCGAGCGGCGGGCGGCCGGCGCCGGUCGCCGGCCCGGCCGCCCCCGAGACCGUUCGUCCUCGUCCGGCAUUAGUGGCUCGGGCCACCGUGAGGCGCCGCUGCGCGUCCCACGCCACUCGCGCUCGAUACGUUCCGUUGGAGGCACGCGCUCGACGGGCUGUGGUGCAUGCUUUAGUGCGGCGCGCCGCCGCGCGUGCGGUUGUGUUUUGGCCGCCGGUGGGCCGUUUGUCGCCGCCGCCGGCCGCCUUCUGUACAGUUUUGUAGUUUUUGUUUUAACUGAUAGCCUUGGAGUGUGCUGUGGUAGCUGGCCUCCUGGGCAGGCUGUCGGUAUGUGUGUGUGCCUGCGCUGUACCAGCGCCGUCGGCCGGCCCGGCCGGUGUCGUCACCCGGCGGUACCCGGCCUGCACCCCUGGCGGCAGCUCUGUCCGCGCCGCGCCCGUCCACCGGGCGCCGGGGGACACCAGCCGCGGGCCCGGCCACUCUGUGUUUUAUGCUUCUGUUGAUUGUUUUGGCUGGGCGCCGUUUUUCAGGGUUUGACGGGCGCUCUCUUCUCUCUGUCUUGGUUUUACUGUCUCGCGGUCGCGCGGGUCGGGCGGCUGAUGUUGGCCUUUCAGUCGGACACUGCCUCGCGCCGCCUCGGGCCCUCAGCGGCCACUUGUAACAAACACGAUUUCCAUUGGUAGAAGUUCAAAUACAUUUUAGCAGGCUGUC